AAUCAAUAAGCACGUCCCUAUAUAAAAACUAUACCUAUAACAAACUUUCUUCACAUCUUAAUUAACUCAAUUUAUAUGGCAAUGUCACACAUCACCGCUAGUAAUGUCCCAAAAAUCCAAGUUGAAGGUAUCCAGACGGUGCCGCCCUUUACGGUGACUGAUCCGAGACAAGUUCGCCGUGUCUUGGCGGUGAAAGAGCCAAUCCGGUCAGCUAUUUUUACGGGCUGUUUUAACAUAGUCCUUUGCUAUAAUAAGGCUACGGAGAAGGAUUCGGGUUGGGUUGUAGCUGGAUGGAUCAAGGAAUCACUCGCACGAGCGUUGAAGGAACAGCCGCUUCUCGCCGGACGGUUGAGAAGAGGCGAAGAUGGCCACGGAGAGCUUGAGAUUGUGUCGAAUGAUAGUGGAGUCAGGCUUAUUGAAGCUACGAUUAGUAUGAGUUUGAAAGAGUUUCUUGUUUUGGAAGGAAGAGAUAAAGCUGAAACUGAAGCUGAAUUUGUGUUUUGGAAGAAUAUUGAUGAACAAAAUCCUCAAUUCUCUCCCUUGUUCUAUGUUCAGGUAACAAAUUUUCAAUGUGGUGGAUACUCAAUCGGGAUAAGCUGCAGCAUUCUGUUGGCAGAUAUUGUAAUCAUGGACAAAUUUCUUCAAACAUGGGCCAAAUUUCAAAAUAAAAUGCUCUCCAAAAAUGAAGGAUCAAACUUGCCUGUAUUUUAUCUCCCUCAUCUUAAACCCCUCAAUCUUUCCCUUAAUGGCACAUUCAGCUCAACCCCAAUUGAUAAUUUUGGCCAAACAAUGAUUUUCAAGAUCAGCAAAGAAAAUAUGAUUUUGGAGGAAGAAUCAUCCAAAAAACUUGCAUUGCUCUGCAUUGAGGAGGCAGAGCAAAAUUUUAGUGCUAAAAUGUCACUAGAUGAACUCAUUUUACUUGUAAAAGAAUCCACUAAUGUAAUCAAAGUGGAAAAUUGCAAGAAAAAUGAGACUGUCAAUUGCAAUUUGGAGAGGCAAUUUAUAAGUAGUUGUGCAAAUUUGAAAGAGUAUGCAAAGAUGAGUGAGUUGGCUUUUAGAGAAGGCAAUGAAGCUAUUAGUGUUUCAUGUUGGAUUGGAAGUGUUAGUGAUGGAUUUGUGAUGGGAAUUCCAUCCCAUGGAGAGGCUACUUCUGAAUUCAACAUUAUUGUCACAUUUCCUUGUGAAAAAUAGAAUUAUAUGUUCCUAAAAAUGAUGGCCUAUAUGUAAAAAAAUUAUUUGUUGUGUUCCUAUUGAUUCUUGAAUCAAUGAUCAAUUGAUAUGGAUUAUGUGGGCUAUGUGUGCCCUUUUUGUUGUGUUAAAAUAUAAAACGUUUGUAAUUUUAAAAUUAAGUAUUUUGUGGUGAAACUUUAUUUUA